AUGAGUGUCACCCUGCACACCACGAAGGGCGACGUCAAGCUGCAGCUGCACUGUCGCGAGGCGCCGCGAUCGUGCGCCAAUUUCCUCGCGCUGUGCGCCGCGGGCGCGUACGACGCCUGCCCGUUCCACCGCGUGUCCUCGGGCUUCAUCGCGCAGACGGGCGACCCGACCGGCACGGGCAAGACGUCGCGUGCCGCGUUUGCAAAGCGUCUGCCCGACGAAAUCGUCCCCGCGCUCACGUUUGCGCGCCCCGGCGUCGUCGCGUUUGCGAAUAAUGGUAGGCCCUCCCGCAAGGGCGUCGGAUCGCAGUUCUUCAUCACUGUUAAGCCCGCCACCCACCUCGAUGCUACGUGCACCGUCGUCGGGGCCGUCAUUUGGGGGCUCGCCGUCGUUAACGCUAUUUCGGAGGCCGAGGCGGAGAAUGGGACCCCGAGGGUGCAGAUUAAGAUCGAGUCGGUGACUAUUCACGCCAACCCUUUUGCGACGGGGGACUUAGAAUUCCAGCUCCCAUGA